GGGGCAGCUAUUUAGAUGGUGGGCUGUCGGGAACGGAAACAGAGCCCAGUUUGGAGGAGAGAGGUAGUGUCCUGGCGAAGGUGGGCGCAGCGGUUCUGGAGAAAGCGCACGGACUUGGAACCCGUGUGUGCCGGCGGCCAGGACCUGCUGGUGGAGCCACAGGUUCGGGCUCAGGGCACCUGGACAGAGACGGGGGCACAGAGCAGCGCCGGGCGACUUCUGGGAGGAGGAGGAUCUCGGAAAGUCCCUGGCGUUCCCGGACGCCGGGGAGAGUCCAGGUCGGGCGUCUGGCAGGAGACACGCCCAGCCCCGCCGGCGGCAGGGAGAGCGGGGCCGGCGGCGCGCGCGGACUCCGGGCUCCACGUGCUCCGCGCGGGGGUUUCCGCGUCCUCCGGGCGUGGCCGGAAAAGGAAGUCGGCGCUACAGCGGCCGCCCCAGCAACAGCGGCGGCCCGGGCCAAGCCCCGCCACCCGCCCGGUCCGGCUCGGCUUCGGAGGCAGCGCCGCGGGACCCCGAGCCUGCCCCGCCGAGCAGCGCCCGCCGCGCCGCCGGGCGCCCAGCACGCCAAUGGGGCCGCAGCGCCCGCCGCUCCGCGCCGUGGCCGCCCUGCUCUGGGGCGUCCUGCUCCGGCUGACAGCUGCUCAGGAAGCAAUCCUGCAUGCGUCUGGAAUUGGCACGCCUUCACCAUCUAAGGACUACUGCAUGUUCUAUAACCCUCAUUGGACAGCUUUGCCAAGAACCCUAGAAAAUGCAACUUCCAUUAGUUUGAAGAAUCUAACUUCCACACCUCUGUGCAACAUUUCUGAUAUUCCUUCUGAUGGAAUAAAGAACAAAGCAGUUGUGGUUCAGUGGGGAACCUGCCAUUUUCUUGAAAAAGCCAGAAUUGCACAAACCGGAGGUGCUGAAGCAUUGUUGGUUGCCAAUAACAGUGUCUUCUUUGCUCCCUCGGGGAACAAAUCUGAAUUUCAUGAUAUGAAAAUACUGAUUGCAUUUAUAAACAACAAAGACUUCAAAGAUAUGAAGCAGACUCUUGGAGAUAACAUUACUGUGAAAAUGUAUUCUCCGUCAUGGUCUAACUUUGACUAUACUAUGGUGGUUAUUUUUGUAAUUUCUGUGUUCACUGUGGCAUUAGGAGGAUACUGGAGUGGACUACUUGAAUUAGAAAGCAUGAAAGCAGUGGCAGACACUGAAGACAGAGACAUGAGGAGAAAGAAGGACGAAUAUUUCACUUUCAGUCCUCUAACAGUUGUAAUAUUUGUGGCCAUCUGCUGUGUUAUGAUGGUCUUACUUUAUUUCUUCUACAAAUGGUUGGUUUAUGUUAUGAUAGCAAUUUUCUGCAUAGCAUCAGCAAUGAGUCUAUACAACUGUCUUGCUGCACUAAUUCGUAAGAUACCAUAUGGACAAUGCACGAUUGUGUGUUCUGGCAAAAGCAUUGAAGUGAGACUUAUUUUUCUCUCUGGACUGUGCAUAGCAAUAGCUGCUGUUUGGGCCGUGUUUAGAAAUGAAGAUAGGUGGGCUUGGAUUUUACAGGAUAUCUUGGGGAUUGCUUUCUGCCUGAAUUUAAUUAAAACACUGAAGUUACCCAACUUCAAGUCAUGUGUGAUACUUCUAGGCCUUCUCCUCCUCUAUGAUGUGUUCUUUGUUUUCAUAACACCAUUCAUCACAAAGAACGGCGAGAGUAUCAUGGUUGAACUUGCAGCUGGACCUUUUGGAAAUAAUGAAAAGAAUGAUGGAAACUUGGUGGAAGCCACUGGUCAACCCUCAGCUCCCCAUGAGAAAUUACCAGUAGUCAUCAAAGUACCAAAGCUGGCAUAUUUCUCAGUAAUGAGUGUAUGCCCCAUGCCAGUUUCCAUUUUGGGUUUUGGAGACAUUAUUGUACCAGGCCUGUUGAUUGCAUACUGUAGAAGAUUUGAUGAGCAGACUGGUUCUUCUUCUUCUAUAUACUAUGUCUCCUCCACAAUUGCCUAUGCUGUUGGCAUGAUAAUUACCUUUGUUGUUCUGGUGCUGAUGAAAAAGGGGCAACCUGCUCUCCUCUAUUUAGUACCGUGCACACUUAUUACUGCCUCAAUUGUUGCUUGGAGACGUAAAGAAAUGAAAAAGUUCUGGAAAGGUAGCAGCUAUCAGAGAGAGGAAGGGGUCGGGAGAGAGAGAGAAACAUCGGUAUGAAAGACAAACAUCAAACAUUGGUGGGUUUCCUCCUGUAUGCACACACCCUGACCAGGACUGAACCUGCAACCUGGGCAUGUGCCCUGACCAGGAAUCAAACCGACGACAUUUUGGUACUCAGGACGACGCUCAACCAACAGCCACACCAGCCAGGGUGAUGUUUGCAUUUUUUAAAAGCAAUACAAUGGUGUCUGAAGUAAACAUAGAAGACCCUUUUCUAUGUCUUUUACCCCCACACCCACCCUCAAGGGGCAGCUACUUUGAACGAAUUCUGUGGAGCUUCCAGAUCUUUUUAUGCCAACACAGAGUGUAAAGAGUUGAAUGUUUAGAGAUGUUAUAUACAUAGAUAUAAUAACGUUGUGUCCCUUUGGGGAUAUUCUACAGCUUACUUUUUCUCAGGUCUAUUGUAGUACCUCUCCUUUAUCCAUGAUGUUUAUUUUUUGUUUAUUUCUUUUUAUUAAUAAAUCUUUAUUGUUCAGAUUA